CUAACUUCUUCUCUGAGUGGUUUUCUGUUUGUUUCUUUCACCUGAACUAUCUAUGUCCAGUGUCGAGACGCGUGCGCAGACAACGAGAAGAGAAGAAAGGGAGAGAGAAGGUGUGCUGUUUGAGAGUGUGAGGAGGGGCAAGAGGAGUGUUCGUCCAAACGUAAGGAGAGAGCGGACCACUCUUGAGAGAUCUACUGACACCCCUUCCUCCGGCAUGGCAGACAUCACAUCUGUCCAAUGGCAGACCAUGCUGGACACAGCAGACGAGAGCCAGAAACCGUUUUUUCAAAAGUUGUAUGAUAACGCCGUACAGAAGGAAAGGGAGGCAGAGGCAGCAGCCAGAGCUAUUAGCAUAGCUGCCCAGGAGGCCCUCCUACAGGUCCCGGAAGCCAAUGCUGACCGGUUCCAGGAGAGGCUAGCUGUUGCCGUAGCAGCCUUGGUCCAGCUGCGGAACUUGGAAGACCUUGAGUCCCGUGUGGCAGCACUUGAGCAGCGGAACCAAGAGCUGCAGGCUAAGGUAAUUAGCCUUGAACAGUCCCAAUUGUCUGCCCCCCGCCCUCCUAACCCUCGGUCUGCUAUAGUCCCGGUCUCUCAAUCAAACACAACCCUCAUAGCAAGAUCAAGUGGAACCAUGGCAAGCGCAGGAACCGGUGCCAGCUCCUCGAGCGGCAGCGCCGACAGUUCUGCGCUGGCCAUGGUCCCAAAUGUAGGGACUUCAGCCCAAAACGCCACAAUCCUUAUUGGCGUUCAGUACAGCGGUCCCAUGGUGGACAAGCGGGUGGCUACGCUGUCGUCCAAGUACGAUGGGAAGGCAGACAUCACCUCUUGGAUUAGAUCCAUGCGGUCGUACGUCGAGGUCAUGCGGACACCGCAAGAGGACCGAAGUAUGAUCAUGGGGAACAAUACUGAGUCCGUCGUACGAAACCACAUUGAGCUCCAAGCUGUCGCUGCAGGCUAUGAACGCAUAGACCUGACUGAAUGGUUGAAGGUCACCCCUGUCCGCGCUCUUGAGGAUCUUCUCCUUGAUCGGUACCAAGAUAAACAUGCUGCGCUCAAGGCUAGGCUGAAGCUUGAGGCCCUUAAGGGCCAAACAUGGAGGUCAUCCAUGCAAGCUUUGGAACAGCACUUGACUGGUUUGUUCACCACACCGGAUCUGGGAAUGAAUGACGUGUCUUGUAUGGAUGUAGUCAUGGGAGUGGCCCCUAAGGAAUACCUCUCCCUGCUAGCUCUCAAGGACCAUGCCACCUGGCGAGAGCUCGUGAAGGACCUAGUCAACCUAGAGGCCAAGGACCUCGUCAGGCGCAAGAAGGCGCCCGCUGCAAGUGGGAAACCACAACGCAAGCGGUUUGGAAGCAGCAACCAGCUUGCACUGCAUGAUCAUCGGGAGGCUGAAGAUCAGUCCUAUGCGGAUGAUCUGUCUCUAGAUGACAAUCUAGAGCCGGACUCCGAUACGGGCUGUUCCACAUCAGCCAUUGAGUGUGACAGAAAUGAAGAUGAAAACUAAAUGCAUUCAGAAAGACUGCUUCAAAUAAGGGGCCUAACCGUGGUUCGGGUAAGGGAACUGUCAUACACCUU